UCUUUCUCUCUGCUUAAUGAUUAUGGCGAUGGCUAGUAACAAUGAACACAAACCAACCUUGAUCAUGAACCACACUUCGAUCUACGAGUAUGAACGUGAUGAAGGAGAAGACUUGGAUGACUAUCAUCAAGACCAGGAUGCUUCUUCUUCUUCUCCUCCUUGCGGUGUUGGUGGUUGUUUUGGCCUCUUUGGGUUCACAUCAUGUACAUGGCGGCAAAACCACAACAACGAUUAUGAACGUAAAUACUUGCUGCAGCAAGGUGGAUGGCACAAGGAGACGACAUGUUGGUGGAGGAAGAAAUUGAACAAGGCUAAGGAGUCUACUCAAGUAUUGGACGGCUCCAAGUGGAAGACCUUCAUCAGAAAGAUUGCUGGAUAUUGCAAGACUAUGAAGCGAAAACAAAACAACAGGUUGUCCAAGAAACAAAAGAAAAAGAAUACUAGGUUUCAGUAUGAUCUUCAUAGUUAUGCUCUCAAUUUUGAUGGGGGUGUUGCUAGAGAAGGAAAUGAUGCUGCUCUUGAUUUCGCAGUAAGGUUUGCCGCUCCUUUGUCCAAUGAGCAUGGUUCCAUUGGCAGGCCGGUUCAUGAAACCACCCUUGAAUCAGCUUUUAUUGAAUCCAAACGUUAGAUUGGGUGUCGUUUGUGUUCUCUUGUUUCCUUCUUUGAUAAGUUAAUUGUGCGCUGUUAUGAAUCAUACCAAAAUCAAGUCUGUUUUUUUGUUGUACUUUUGCCUUAAAAUUUCAAUUUCACAUUAAGGCUUUUGGAAAACUACACUGCAAAAUUCUAAAACUCACAAGGAAGCAAGGCGCUUGUGAUAAACAAA